CCCACUACGGAAAGCGCGGUGGGGUGCACUGGCACGCGCGAGCGAUCGGCUUUGCCAAUUUACGAAUCGCGAAAAACCUGUGGCCGGUCGCGACUGGGGGCUGCUGUUGCGUGGAUAGCGAGACAGAGACACAGAGACGUCUUAGCUACUCGUAGAGACAGGGACACAGAUACGUCUUAGCUACUCGUAGAGACAGGGACACAGAUACGUCUUAGCUACUCGUAGAGACAGGGACACAGACGACUUAGCUACUCGUAGUAACCGGGGCAAGCCGGCUGCGGGAGUUAAAUUUUUUGUGUGUUGGUCGAACGACCCCCUUCACUUGAACGGCGCCCGAGUGAAUCUCGCGAUUUCAAGAGAACAAACAAGAGAGCGAUGGGGCUGAUGUCGGACUUCGGGUUGGAGGACGUGGCUGGACAGUUCGCGAGGUUGCCGAUGUUCCCGAUAUUCGACCUGAUGCACUACACCCUCUCCAUCAUGUACCUCAAGCACGAAGCAGGCGUGGUGGACCUGUCCCGCAGGAGCCCCAUCACCUGCUGGGUGUGCAGCAUGUUGUGCUGCUUCGGAGGGGGGAUGCUGGCGGCCGCGAUGCUCGGGGAGCCCAUCCUAGACCCCUUUGAGAGCAAUAUCAACGUCUUCCUCGCCUCCGUCAUCUGGUACAUGAUCUUCUACUUCCCCAAAGACCUCUACUACCGCCUGUGCUCGCUGCUGCCCGUCAAGCUGUUUGUGGUGGCCGGCAAGGAGGUGACGCGCGUGCGCAAGAUCGCCGCCGGCGUGGCGCACGCGCACCACGUCUACAAGCGCGGCUACGUCGUCAUGGUCGCCGUCGGCAUCGCCAAGGGUGCCGGGAGCGGACUUCUGGCGAACCUGGAACAGCUGCUGCGCGGAGUCUGGAAACCCAACACCAACGAGCUGCUCAACAUGUCCUUUCCCACUAAGGCGACGCUGCUGGGAGCCGUUCUCUUCACAGUAGAGGCCGCCGGAUGGCUGCCACUCUCCGAGGAGUUCCUCAUCCUGAUCGUCACCAUCUUCCUCGUCACCACAAAGGUGAUGCUCACGGCCAUGCACUCGCACGCCUCGCCCUUCGACCCCAUCGAGACGCCGCUGUGCGGCUUCCUCUUCGGCGCGGCGCCACCCGACUCGGAAGGCCACGGCCACGGGCCAUCGUCGGGCCCCGCCGCGCCGGCCCAGCAGGGCAAGGCAGAGCCGACGGAACCGGCGCUGCGCAAGCGCAAGAGCAAGAAGGCGGAGUGAGGUGGUGCCGUGCGCCAGCUCGCGGAGAAACAUUGCCGCCGCUGCCGCCAGCGCCGUCGUCGUUUUUUGUUGUUGAGCGACGAGGUCGGUCGUUCAGGUAGCGCGGUUCAAACCCCCCUCCCCCCCCCAUCCCUCCUGCGCAAACAACUCCAGCGUCAGUGGAAAGUUAGGGUUGCCGCGAUGUGGCGAUGCUACGGUACGUUACACGAUAUAGGAUUCACGAUAGUCGAACCGUCAAUUGGGAAAAAUGUUGCCCAAUCGUGAAGAUCGUGGCUCACUUAAUUUACGCUAAAAGUUUACAUUUCCUGACAAUUUAUGUGAAAUAACGAUAAUCAAAAGUUCACGAUCAUAAUAACAGAAAAGCACUAAUUACCUGUUAAGUUAGCGCUUUGUGAAAUGCUUUCCACAAUAAUUGACGGCACGGCGGUUAUGAGCGUUGCGCAGUAGAUUGUAGAGUUCCAACGAUUUGAGGAGAUGUAUGGCAGGAAUAUGUUGAGUGAACUACUGUUUAGUAAUUAUCAAUGGACAUUUAUUCGUACUUUAAGUACAUACAAACAUGAGACGGUAAAAUAUUUGAAAUUCAUUUACCCAAUUAAUGGGAACUGAUACACAUAAAUAAUUGUGAAGUUGAAUACCGUAUCAAAUCGUGUAGGAUGAUAUCGCGGCAACCCUGGUAAAGAAAACCUUGUCUGUUUGCAUGAAUGAUUAAUGUUCCUUUGUUUUUCUUAAGAUCACCACUACAGCACAGGCAGCAAAGGAGUUGUGUGCAACGUUUGUUUUUCGUUCACCUGUUGUGCCAUGUGAACAGGGCUACGUUGAAAGUAACGAUCCGUCGAUUAAUAUAUUCUCUUACACUUAACGGCACGCGGUCAGGCACACACACGGAAUCAUACGUGUUAGAAUCGGUAAUUCAUGGGCCCGAUGAAAUUCUAGACAGAAUUGUCCAAAAAAAUUGCCGACAAAAAGGAUCGACUGUUAUGUUGAAUCGCGACGAUUAAUGAUUAGAGGCCACGGAGUAUUAUGAGUUGUUACCUGCCUAUGAGUUGUGUUGUCUCCCAGCACCACUGUAGGUGCGUGCGGCAGCAGUAAGGCAGCACCGUCUGCCUCUGAGACUCCAUGCUUAUUCUUACACUUUGCAGAACUCGUGUUGUAGUGCAGCUACCUCUGCAGGCGGAUUAUAUGUCCACAAUUGGGGGGGAGGGGAGAAUGGGGGGGGGGAAUCACAUGAAUCGUCCUAUUGAGUGGGGGCAGUUCAAUGAAUUGUGGGCUGGAGUGUGAUUCUAAACUUGUCGAGAGCUGAGAUUUAACACACAGGAGUGCAAAGAAAUAUUGGCCAAUUCCAUAUAGGUGGUGGCAUCGGUGAAGUUAACGUGCUAAGUUUAAAUGUUUAAGCACAAUGGUUUCUGUGCAUCGCUGUCUUGCAUAGUUAACAAAGCGUACGACUCAUAAAAUCACUGACGUUGAGUUUGUUUGUUGAAAGGCAUUCAGCUGGCAAAGGGGAAUUGAGUUUUUUUCGAGUGGUGAAGUGUCGCCACCGGGUGUGUGACUGGCAUGUCGUGGAGGUUAACCCGGUAGCUCAGAGGUCAGGGACACGGGACAACGGGUUCCAGUCCGUGUUUAAGUCAGCCGUGGUUUUAAACUGGUUUCUCAAGCGUAGAGAGUUGAUGGCCUACUCCCAGCCACAAAUUACUGAACAAAGCAAUAUAUAUAUUUUUCACCUGGUAUGGCACAUUAUAGCUGUUAAAAAUUCAACAUUUUGGUUGAAAUGCCAUUGUGACUUAACGCUCUUUUGGAGGGCAUAUAAAGGGUUUGUUUUAGAUAAGACGCCUAGGCAAGUGACUGAAGUGACUUCAAAAGUAGUUGCGAUGUACUCCGGGGGCUGUUCUGCGAUGACACAAUGUGAUUUCACUCAUCUCUCUUGUGAGCUUUCCUGAUGGAGAUCUCUGCAUUAUCAUGGCAUGAAUAGCUCAAUUGUAAAAUAAUCAUAAUUUACAGUCUGUUGUCAAUCCACUGCUGUAUGAAGGCCUUCUCCAUGCUGCACCCUGUCAGUUAUGGAGGUUGUUUGAUCAUACUUCACCAUGCUGGUCAGUGCAGGCUGGUGAAGGUGUGUGGAGAGGGGCAGAAAUGGUUCGGAUAUCUCUGGCCACUGAUAAUGCUGUCCGUGGCCGGGAAAUGACCUCAAUUUGACUGGGUUCAUAGCGCGUCGCUCCAACCAGGGCGCCACCGACGCUGUACCCAAUUUAAAUGUAAUUUGGAUUCAGAAUAUUAAUUGAGUGAAAUGUUGAUGCCCGUUUAUUAUAGGUCUUGUGGGAUGAACACAUUUUCAUCUUGAAUUAUUCUGGGAAAUUUCCUUUACGGGGUUCCUCUGUGCCUUUUAAGCUUCAUCUCUUUCAACUUGGAACGACACUUAAAGGACGUAAUGUAGAAACAUAAUUGCCGUUUUUUUCUACCGUGAGGUAGACUCACGAAUUAAGUAUUUGUAAAGGUUUGCAGUGGGGACCUAUGAUGUUUUAGAAAGGCAAAAUUAAUGACAUAAUUCAGGGGGAAAAAAGUAUUGAAGCUGUGUUUAAACAUUGUCAUCUUUUCAUGGAUAAGAUAUAUUUUUUGCACUGAUAAAAUAUUUUGUAGGAACAGUACUUAAGCAAUAUAUGCACAUUUUUAAAUUCACUAAUGUCAUGGCCAGAUAAAUUGAAAUGUUUCAUCAGGAUUUCGUUUUUUUCUAUGUAGACGUUUAUAAGCCAUCGUUUGUAAGUAGAUAUUUUUACUAAACGUUUAAAUCUUGGCACGCUGACAACAAAAUAUCUGCGAAACGUAAGCAAGGUGCCCUCUAUACAUUCGCAGCGGCUUUAACUGAGAUUAGCAAAUGCAGGUGAUCAAAAUUAUGAACUAUUAUUUUUUGACAGAGAUCAAUAUGUAUAUGAAAUUGCACAAGUAGCUGGCGAUGAUUAAAACACCCGGGGUGAUCAACAGGCAUUGUGGUAUUUAUUGCCUGGUGUUUGGCCUUGCAUAACUACUUUAGUUAUUUUUCGAUUUAAAGCUUUCGUGACUGCAGGGAUUAAUCUUCUUGGUUCUUUCGGUAAAGUCACGUAGAAGGGAAAUAAUAAAAUAAUAAAAAUAAAACAUCGUGAGAAUUGUAUUUUAUUAUGUUUUAUUUUUAUUAUUUUAUUAUUUCCCUUCUACGUGACUUUACCGAAAGAACCAAGAAGAUACUUUAGUUAUUUUUUGUGAUUUGUUUAUCAAAAAGAGGGGAGGGUGGUGGUGGGGGGGGUGACCCUCUGUUGACCCCCUGUUGACCCCCCCCCCCCUUCCUCUGGAGCACGGCAGAGGCAGCAAGCUUGUGAACCUGGCGCAGGCCUGCGGCUUACGACGACGCCGUGGAUCACGCUCUGUGCUCACGUUUUUUGCGUGUUUGGAAAACAUUUUGUGCAGCUUUAUUCGGGUUGCGUGGCUUGUAGGGCUUGUGGUAUGCGGCACUCACGCGCGCGUUGACGUGGCAAGUGUGAAAGUGCAACCGAAGGUCCCCCCCCCAACUGGUGUCGACUACGGUUGUACAAAAACCACGUGGGCUUUGUAGCGUGUCCGGUCGCCAAGUCAAGUCGGUUUUUCCCUCCCCCCCCCCCCCCACAACCUCCCCAAGCUCAAAACGAACGUCGUUGGGUGGUGCUAUUCAUGUCUGCUGGCGGUCCCGAAGCAGUGAUGGAGAAUAACAUUCCUAUCUUCACGGCCCACCCAGAUUCUCCACACAGAGAGACGGACACCGUGUUGGAAUGUCGAAAUUCCAUGUCGGGGGGGGGGGGGGGAACCGUAGAAAAUCUUGACUGAAAUGAGACAACGUUAGAUUUUGAAGCAAAUUCUUACUCGUAGUCUCUGUAAAAUGAGCUUGGUAUCCUGCUUCUUGGCUAACCCUAGACCUAUGGCUAAUCAUAGCCCUAUCUCUAAGCCCUCAUCAAGCCCGAGUUCUAUGCCACUGAUAUGCCCAAUACCAUGCGAAUCGUAGUGUCUGAUUUGGAGAGCGAGUGUCCUCUUUGUUAGCACACAAUGUCGAGAUUCGCUUAGCCUCACCCGCUCUCAUGGACAGGGUGAUCCACGUAUAGACACCCCAACAAUGUUCAAUGUACCUUUUAGUUAAAAUUGCCAUUGAAGCUGUAAACAAAUCGCACCGGCUACAAGGCGUAUCUCGAGAGGGUUAACACAUGUGUAAUACGUCUCCAUACUGAGAUUGGUGGGAGACACGCAGAGGCUUUGAAAAUUAAAAUGCUGCCGUCUUACAUGGUUUUUUUUCAUUCUAGCGGGGUGUCUCUAAAUGGAUCGCCCUCUGUAGAGUAUCCGACUUUUAAUUGCCACGCUCAUGGCCACGUGUAGUGACUGCACUCGAUCUUGUCUCACCCUUGGAGCGCAUUGCAUUCGACACGACCGACGUGCACCCUCGUGACCUGUGCCGUCUGCCACUUAGGGCCUUAAUGGAUUUAAUUUUUAUGCUCGGUGAUGGCGUUGAUUAUUGGUAUGCUGGCACGCGAAAUGCAUGUGCGCAAGGUUUUUUUUUGCUUUGGUGUGAAUUUAUGUGUUUUGCCUGUUCGGGUUAAUUGCUGAAUGUGAAUGUUUCAUGUAGAUUGUAGUAAGUUAACUAACGGAGUUGACAUUUUAUUUAUUGAAAUUUAAAUAAAAAAGGUGCAUUUUUGAAAUUGUCAAGUCAGAAAAUAAAAAAGGAUUGUCUUGG